UGAAGUUGGUGAUUUGGCAAAUAAAUCUUAAAAUAGCAGUGCAGCAGACCACAAGUUUCAGCCGGUGGUUUCCAGCUGAAGAAACAUAAGCACAGAGGAAACCUCAACCAAGCACCAUGAAAUGGUCGUUGGGUCGCGAGGAGUACGACUACGAUGCUGCUAGAGAUUCCAGGUGGAAGUUCAGCUCGAUAUUCCAUCCCAACAGCACCUUAGACAACACUGAUUUCGAUUUUUCCUCAACCGAUUCGCUCGAGUUGGGCCAGAAUGGGUUGGGCAGCCAGGACAGGAGCAGUAUUAAAGAUCUAGAGAUCGAAGUUUUACUGCGCAAGAAAAGACUAGAGAUUCUUGGAAACAGACCUUUGACAAAUGGUUCCAGCUGGCCAGGCGAUAGUGGCACCACAGACCAUAGACUCGAUAAGAACAGUGGAAAACGCUUGGACCACAAGAUACUCUAUGAGGACACCACAGAGGAUGCAAAAGAAUUUGCCGAAAAUAAUGGGAAUGGUGUCGACUUGAAUUUGACUCAAUUGCUAGACCAGAUUGAGGACGACAAAAACAAACUUGCUGAUCAGAUAGAUAAAAUAGAAGAUAUCACGAAUCAAGAAAAGAAAGACAAAGAUCCUGGCAACAACAGUGGGGAUUCGAUCAACAGUGUUGGUGAUGAUUUAAAUGCUUCCUUGAAAGAUGUGCAAAUAAACGAUCAGGAUGAUACAAAGAUUACUUUGCCAUUUUCAUACCCUGGCAAAUUUCCUUCUUCUAAUACUAAAAAUAACACUGAAAGUGAUAAAGAUAUAGAUCAAAAGAUUACUUAUUUGAAAAAUCAUCAUAUUGAUAAAAUUAUUUUAAAUAGGGACACAGGAAAUAAAUUCGACUCAAUUUUCAGUCAAGAAAAUGACGAUAACGCUGAGUUUAAUCAUAAUAACAAUAAGCUAAAGCUACUGAAUUAUAACUAUAAAUAUGAUAAUAAUAUUGUUGAAUCGGGUACAAUUGAAUCGUCUAUUUCUUUUAACACCAAGACUAAUUUGACUCAUGCAGAGAUUAAUAAAGAGAUUAAUAAAAAUUUAACUUUUCUUAAUUCACCUGGUAGUAUCCAAGAUAAUAAUACUAAUACUAGCAAAUUAAAAUUCGGAAACAAAAUAUUUACGACAAGAGAUCAAAAUGAUAUCAAUAAUUUAGAUUUUGAGUUGAGCAAUGUUUUAAUAUCUCAAAAAAAUGAGAUCAUUCUGUUAAAAUCAAUAUUGAAUGAUUUUAAAGAAAAUCUAUUGAUUUCUGAAAAGAAUUCACCAAACUCAUUAGAAGAGCGUGUAAAAAUUGAAAAUAAUUAUAAAAAUGAUAAUGAAAAUGAUAAUGAUAAUGAAAAUAAUAAUGAAAAUAAUAAUGAAAAUAAUAAUGAUAAUCAGAAAUUUGAGAUCAAAUAUUUAAAUUUAAAAGACAAGUAUACCAAGUUGCAAAAAGAAUUAGCCGAGGAAAUUGAAGAGAAUACAAAAAUUUAUAAAGCAUAUUAUAAGUUGACUUUGAAAUACAGACAACUUCGAUCCGAAUUGGAAACACUUAAGAAUAAAUGAGUAAAUAAUAAAAAAAAAAUCUAUUCCUUGAUAUAUAUCUAUAUGUACGAUGAUCAGAUGAGAAAAGCAACAAUGAUCAAACAAAUAUAUAUAAAAAAAGGC